AUGUCUGUGCUCAAGUCUGGCAUUGUACGAGCUGUAAAUCCAGCCCUGGCGGCGGCGAGACCUGCCGCUGCGUCACUGUAUUCGAGAGCGUACGGUUCGGCUCUGCUGGGUCGAGCGCACCUGCACGGGCGCAUUGCUGGACAUCCUCUUGCUGGAUUGUCGUCGGCCGAGCGGUAUGGACAACAUAUUUCGAGCGUACACACGCAACAACAAAAGCGAAAGUAUGCGUCACAGAAGAAGCGAGACUACUAUGAAGUUCUGGGCGUUAGUAAAAAUUCCGAUCAGAAAGAGAUCAAGAAGGCUUACUAUCAAGCAGCCAAGAAAUUCCAUCCAGACAGAGCGAAAGGUGCCGAAGAGAAGAAGACUUUCGGUGAGAAAUUCCAAGAAAUUUCCGAAGCGUACGAAGUGCUAGGUGACGAGAAUCAGAAGAGCGUCUACGACCAGUAUGGUCAUGCUGGGUUAGACGGGCAGAAUGGAAUGGGUGGUGGUGGUUUUGGCGGCCACCCGGGUCAUGAUCCGUUUGAAAUGUUCCGUGAUUUUGAGAGUAUGUUUGGCGGUCGUGGUGGUCGCGGCGGUGGCGGCCCUAACAGGCCGCAGCGAGGAAUGGACAUCGAGGCCCAGGUAAACAUUCCCUUCACAGAUAUCAUCAAGGAGACGAAGCACACCGUGGAAUACCGAGCUGAUUGCACGUGUACGACCUGCAGUGGUACUGGCGCCAAGCCAGGAACCACACGGACAACAUGCAGUCGAUGUGGAGGUUCCGGUCAUACCGUGCAACAGAGUGGGUUCUUUCACAUGCAGAGUGCAUGUACUGCGUGUGGGGGCGUAGGCUCUACUGUGAGCUCACCUUGUUCGUCCUGUUUCGGUGCGGGCCAGAAGUCUGAGAAGAAAACUGUGGAAAUCACCAUUCCCGCCGGUGUUGAAGAUGGCAUGCAAAUGCAAGUAACAGGGCGCGGUAGCGAAGGUGCGAACAAGGGUCCCGCCGGUAACUUGGUUCUACUCAUCCGUGUGGCUCGCAGUCCUGUAUUCCAGCGAGAGGGUGCUGAUGUUUUGAGUAGAGUGAAUAUCGAUAUGGUCAAGGCGGCGCUAGGGGGCACUGUUCGCACUCAAAGCCUGACAGGAGAAAUUGAAUUGAACGUACCGGCUGGCACGCAGCCAGGAGACAAACUCAGGCUACGCGGACGAGGAAUUCCUCAGUUGCACCGAUCGUCAAAGGGUGACCACUUCAUCGAGUUCAAAGUCUCCAUUCCAAAGCGCCUGACAGCGGCACAGCGGGAAAUUCUUGAGGAGCUUCGAGAAGAACUCGAGAAUCCGAAUUCUGCACGCGAGGCACGAUUAAGACAGGCACAGAGUAUGGCUGCCGACAAGACAAGUGCAGCGAGCGCGGAAGAGACCACCACGAAGUCGAAGAAACAUGUCGACAAAGGCUUGGAGAAGGAAGAAAAGGCCAGCUUCUUUGGUCGAUUGAAGAAGAAAGUCUGUGGAGAUGACGACAGUGACAAUAAGUCGAAGUCAGACCACAACGAUACGUCCGAAAAGAAAGCCGAGUCUCUUUGA